AUGAACAUAACCAACGAGUUACAUCAAGUACGAUCCAUUGAUAGUGGAGAUGAGGGGUCGAGUGCCAUGAGCACACCUCCUGAUCCGUCGCCAAGUCUACUACGACGAAUAUCUUCGCCUGUUAUGUCGGAUCUACCGAGUAUCUUUAGUCACUUGCGGUCCAAUGAUAGUGAGUCUAUGACAAAGAGUAGCAGUGGCAAGAGUGUGAUAAAGCGUGUCUUAAGCGGCAAUAAAUCUAGUGACAGUGUUGGUUCAUCCAACUCCAUGUCGUCAGUUUCGAAUCAGGUAACGAAGGUGCUGUCUGCAACAAUACCGCCAGAAGCUAUAGACCAUAUUGAUUCACUACCGUCCCAACCCAAUUCAAGCAUAACAAAAUCAGUCGAUCAGUUGAAAAUACCCAGCAUAUUUCAAACAGAAGGUUUGCCCUUGUUGAAAGUAUCACACAAAUCUAAAAAGAGAAUUCUACUAUUCAUUGACUUGGUGAAUUUUUCCUUCCUUUGGAAGUUGGCUCCUAGUACAGCUACAGUGGGAAGUAAACGGUUGUCAAUACAUGGCUCAACUCAAAGAGUCCACGAAUUCACAGUUGACGAUAUCAAGUUUGUGUAUACGCACGAAAGAGGCUCCAACUAUCGUGAGGAACUACGCAUUUCCAAGGAGUUUGAAGCUAGGUGGAUUACAUUGGUUUAUUUCAAUCGGAAAAAGGGCAAUUUGAAAUUGUUACACUUGAUUGCCGACACGGAACACGAUUUUAAACGAUUGGAUUUGGCCAUCACCACAAUGAAGAAUUUACGACAUCAUCUUGCAACUGAGUUUCUAGUAGACUUGAAUGAAUUGGAUGAAUCGCAUGUGAAGAUGAUUGUGGAUCGUGAAAUUUCCAGUUUGAGUCUGCAAAAACAGUCCCUGAAGGAGUUUCUCGCGUUUAAUGACAUUCUAAAGUAUGCCCGACGAUUAGGUAUAAGUAUCAACAAAACGCAUUUGGAAAGCAUAUUCAACAGCGUACUUGAAGCACAUAGUGGGUCACAGAAUGCAAAAGAAAAGGGGCUUGACUUUGAACAGUUCAAGGAGUUCAUAUCUAUGUUGAAAAAAAGGGACGACAUUUUGGCCAUCUGGGAGAGCUGUUGUACAGACAUUUCCCUAGGUAUGAGUCGAUUGGAUUUUGAACGCUUCUACUUGAGCGUACAGAGUGAAAACCCAAAUCCAAAUGAAAUGAAUUCUCUUUUUGAUCAAUUCAAGACAAAUGGGGAACAUUGGACGGCAGAAGAUCUAAACUCGUAUCUUAUGUCGAGCUUCGCCAACCCAAUCCUCAACAUAGAAACAGACACUUAUUUUACAUACCCGUUGACAGAUUAUUACAUUUCUUCAUCACACAACACAUAUUUGACGGGCAGACAAGUGGCAGGAGAUUCUUCUAUUGACGGGUAUGUGAGAGCAUUACAACGCGGAUGCCGAUGUAUUGAAAUUGAUAUUUGGGAUGGACCCAAUGCCGAGGAUGAAAGUUCAGCAGAUCCAGAGCCAAUUGUCAAUCAUGGAAGGACAUUUACUAAACCGAUUGGAUUUGCCAAUGUCGUCAAGACAAUACAGAAGUUUGCGUUUAUAACUUCACCAUACCCAUUGAUUCUCAGUUUGGAGAUAAAUUGCUCUCCAGUGAGUCAAAUGCAAGUGGUCAAGAUCUUGAAAAAGACAUUGGGGUCCAGUUUGGUUACCUCUACCAUUGAUGACAGCUCCACUAUCCCCUCUCCGGAAAUGUUCAAGUACAAGUUUUUGGUCAAGGCGAAAAAGACAAGCCCAUUCAAAGAUUUGAUUGAAACGGAUGAAGGGAGCUUUACCACGUCAACAACAACAACGUCCCUAUCAGAAGAUAAUGGAGUGACACCCACGGGAAAAUCUUUCAGUCUAAGAAGAAAACCUAAAGCUCCCAAGGUGAUUGACCAGGUCAGUGAAUUGGGAGUAUAUCUUCAAGGUAUCAAGUUUCGAAAUUUUUCCUUACCAGAGUCCAAAAUAUACAAUCACUGCUUUUCGCUUAGCGAAAAGACAAUCAACAAGAUGAUGAAAGAUGAGGUAAAGAAGACAUCAUUGGAUAAACACAAUAGAAAGUAUUUUGUGCGUGUUUAUCCAUCAGGGUAUAGAGUAACCUCAUCAAAUUUCAAUCCCAUAAAGUAUUGGGAACAUGGAGUUCAGAUGGUUGCUACAAAUUGGCAAACAUAUGACCUUGGACAACAACUCAAUGAGGCAAUGUUUGAAGGUGUUGAUAAAAAGGGAUACGUUUUGAAACCAGCACACUUGAGAAAACCUAUAAUCAAAAGCUCAAAGUUUUUCAAAAUGUUCCAACCAGCUUCCAAAACGAUCAGGUUUAGUAUAAGCAUUAUCAGCGCUCAUCAGUUGCUGAAGCCCAAGGAUAGCGAUGAUGCAAUCAAUCCAUUCGUCUCGUUGGAGAUUAUAGGUCCUGAAAAGAUCAGCUGGGAUUCUCCUACAAUGGAGUUUGGAAAAACACGAGCUAUUAUGGAUAACGGAUUCAAUCCUACUUGGAAUGAGACGUUUAGCGGAUCGAUCACAGGGUCUCUCGAGUUGGUGUUUGUAAAGUUUGUUGUGAGUUCGGUGGCCAGUCCAGAAAGAACGGAUGAUGUUCACCCCUUGGGCCUAUCAGUUGCCAAAUUGGACUACCUAAAACAGGGCUACAGGUACUUGUAUCUCAACGAUCUAUUUGGCGAGCAGUUGGUGUACUCUUCAUUGUUUCUCAAGAUUUCAUACGACUGUGUAUAA